AGUGUUCUGCUGUCUUCCAUUCGCUUUCGUCUCUGCCACUCAGCUGUGAAAAUGCCUGGAGCUCGUGGUGUGUUCUGCGGAUGCAGGGGGAGCAGGGCUGGGCAGGGUCCGGCGUGAGUGCGCAGUGGAUGCUGAGGAAGGGAGAAAAAAAACAUGAUCGUUUGUAACCGUCAUGGGUGUCUUAUCGGAAUACCAGUGGCACAGAUUGAUGGAUGCAUGCUUUACCAUCAACUCAAGCCUGUCCCAGUUGUGUGACAGUGGUUUAAUGAGGCUAAUAAGAAGCUUGGAGUAUUCUGCAGCAUCUCUAGCGUAGACAAAUUGUUGCACCCAAUGCAACGUUUUUCGCAGUUCAGUCUCUUCUGGCCUUUACUUUCAGCCUUCGGCGCAGAUCCAUAAACACCCUCUCCGAACUUGAAUUUUGCAGGUAAGGAAUCACAUUUUAUUACGUUCUUGUUUGCCAAUAAAUCACUUUUAUUGGGAGACGUGUAGCUCGUCAUGCGCAUCAAUAAAAAGCGGCGUAAAGACGCCAUGCAAUUAUCUCGUGACAGCGCUAAAAUAAUAGCCAAAUCUAUCAAUCAAUAAAACAAGCGUAGCAAUUAUAACUCUCGUGCAGCACUGCCAUAGAUUUAGAUGAUUUUGGGAUUUUGCACUGAGGCUCUUAUUUGGGCCUAGAUGACGAUUUUUAAGAAGAUUGGCUGCAGAUUUUCACUAUUAAUAGCUGGGUGUUUGCUGUUAACUGACAGUUAAUGACAGUGAGUUGAAGUGCGCAGUCUACUGCUGCAGUUUGCGGCUUGAUAUUUUGUUGUCAUAACGCUGUGGACGCAGGAAAGCUGCAGGACAUCUGUGCCAAAGUCCUUUAAAAAAAUAUGGUAAAAAGCACUUGAAAUUGUUUAAUUUUCCGAAAUAUCCACAUUAAAUGUGCAGAUGUGAUGUCAGACAGGGCCGUACUGUAACGUGCUUUGAACCAGUGAAGCACAGCGUGUACUAAAUGUGUGGCAGACAUAUCAACCUACAUUUUCUGCAGUGCAGACAAAAAAACUAAACAAAACAUGGCUGAGUAACUCCUGCUAUUUGACCUGAGGGUUUGUGGCCUUCAGAUGUGGGUCCAUUUGCACCCCUCAGCCAUGUUCAAAGCCUGUCUGACCGUACUGAUGGAUUGUAGGUCAGGAGGAGAAUCCCUGAGAUGAUGACAGGGCUGCAGAUGGGUGCUGAUGCAGUGUUGUGUUGUGCUAAUGAGCUGUAGUGGCAUCUUUACACUUGUUAUUCACCACCAACACUUUAACGUCAUCAUGUAGCACUUGUUACUGAUGAAUCACAGCAGAUAGAUAGAUAGAUAGAUAGAACAACUGAGCUGCUGUUCCCAUGCACUGUAUCAGUGCUCCAUUUUGUUGUUUACAAAGAAACGGGCCCCUCUCUCAACAUUCACUGGGCUCUUCUUUGUAACUGGAUAGCACAUGAUGAUCUGACCUUCAGACCAUUCUGCCACCACCAACAACAACAAACAUGCUCACGUGCAUGAACCAACACAUGCACAAUAUCAUAAACCUUUUUGUGUAGCUGCAGUCUUAACCAAGAUAAACAAGCUCCUUUUACCUUUUAGAGUCCCGGCCUUCAGAGGUAUGGUGUGUUAAGGUGUGAGUCAUUCGUUCACCCAGAUAGGGUUGUUAUAAAAACUUAUUUGUGCUGGCCUAGUUUUCAAACAUUCACAUAAGAAACACAUUAUAACAAAUGUCAUGAAUUACAUCUGCAGUUUUUAAAUAAUGUAUAGACUUAGAAAAGGAUGCUAUAUUGUAAGGAAGGGGAGAUAUAAUUAUCAUAAAACAUGCUGUAGGGUUCUUAUAAGUUAAAUAACUUUCCAAAAUAUGAAAGCUGAGAUACAGAACCCUGGUAUCUCUGUUUUAUAUAAUCAUGUAAAUUCAUUUUAAGGUAUCAAAGUUCCAAAAUACUCACUCUAGUUCACUAAAAAUAUAGCUAUGUGUUCAUUUUUGUUGUUUCUUGGUAAUUUCAAGUUGCAGAAUUAAUAUGAAUCCUUAUAGUUGACAUGUUGGAAACACCCAUGUAUGAUGUGCCUGGAACACUAACAUGAUAUAACACUGACCCUUAAAUGUCCUUAACCAGAAACCAAAAGCCCUUGUUAUGACUGUCUUCACAGUCUGUUUCCUGGAGAUAACCCACUCAUGUUCAUGAAAAAUAAGAACCAGUAAUAAUCAAGCCUUAUUAUAUGGUUAUGGAGGCACAUAAAAAUUACUUUAAAUUCCAAUCAUCUUCAAGCAAACAAGAAUAGAUUUGAGAACUGCUAUCACACUAUUAUGAGACAUAUUAUGAGACAUGCAUAUGUACAGUCAUGGCCUAUGAGUGGUGUUCUCUAUUUUUACAUAUCCUGGUUCUUCCAAUCAUGUGAAAAGGAGAGGUUAUUAAUAGUUGAUGUCUGGGUCAGCAUGUAAGUGGUUAGUCUUUAGUGACAUUGAAGCCUUAAUACAGUGCAGCAUAAGGUUUCCUUUAGUGCACCUGUCUACAUGCGUGCUCAUGAAGUCGGUAUCCUUGAAUGUCGAACAGCUGUGUGAAAAGGUGAGUGUGUCCAAGGAGCUUGACUUAAUCUGGCGUUGGUGUUUGGAAUUGCUGUUCAGGUUUCAAGUCUGCCAAACUGCACGCAUCCUUGCUGCUUGUGUUUUUCAUUUUACUCGACACAAGCUGUGGUCUGGUGGAAGGAUAAAGAUUAUUUCUUUGUGACUGUGUUGCUAGGAAACAGCUUGAGUCUGAUAUAUUCAUAGUGGGCAUGCUAGGAGCUCAUUUCAUCCUGUUAAGCUUUUGACAUUUGCAAACACAGCGAGAGGAUAUUAAGGUGGAACCACUUCUCAUGCCAGUGUUUGAAGCUGAGGGACUUUGAAGAAUUCGAAUGAAGCAUUUUUAGUGAUUUCUGUUCUGAUGUUGUGUCUGCAGGGAAGCACAAUGUUGACCAGUAUCACUGAAGGGAUCCUGUGCUGUCUAACUGGGAAGGCUGCCAGUCUGGUCUUACCCCUAGAUUCAUCUGAACCCUCUGAUGGUUUUGAGUUUGUGGAGGUAAAACCUGGCAGAGUUCUGCGAGUGCGUCACAUCAUCCCCGAACGCCAGCCUGUAAUAACAGAAGAGGAUGCCACAGGAAAGAAGAAGACAGAUGGCGACUGCAAAGAUGAUGACUCACCUGAGAAUGCUUAUAAUGCGAGUGAUUCCAGGAGCAGCGUCCACUGUAAGAGGAAGAUCACCGUCUACAGAAAUGGCCAGCUGGUGAUUGAAAACCUCGGGGAUGUUUUGCACUCUGAGAUUCUGCAGUGUCAGGAUGGGGAUCUGGAGCCUUGCAGUACUGUCGAGGUGGAGCUGGCUGACUACAAAGAAAUGCCUUCCUCUCCAGAUCCAAACCCUGUUCCUCCUCCGGUUCCUCCACCCCACGGGGAACAGAAACCUGCCCCACCUCCUCGCCGCCGCCGUCGGAAGCCCAAGCGCACUGUGCUGAUUGACUCAAAGAGGGUGAUCACGAGCUGCAAAGGGACGCAUUCAGACGUAGCGCUGUUCUUUGUGCACGGCGUGGGAGGAUCUCUGGACAUUUGGGGCAGUCAGCUGGACUUCUUCUCUAGGCUGGGCUAUGAAGUCAUUGCCCCCGACCUGGCAGGGCAUGGAGCCAGCACCGCCCCACAGAUAGCAGCAGCUUAUACUUUUUAUGCCCUUGCAGAGGAUCUCCGUGCCAUCUUCAAGAGAUAUGCUCGGAAACGCAACAUUCUCAUUGGCCACUCGUAUGGGUCAGUACUUUGAUUAUAAUAACUCACCAAUGGAAAUGUCUUCUGUGUCUUACAGCCGAUUUUAUAUUGAUUAACAGUCUGUUAGUCUGUCUGUAACAGUCCAUAACAUGCAGCUCCCAUCCCAUACUAUCUCUUUCAGGGUGUCAUUUUGCACCUUCCUAGCCCACGAGUAUCCAGAUUUGGUUCAUAAGGUGGUGAUGAUCAAUGGAGGGGGUCCCACAGCCCUCGAGCCCAGUCUGUGCUCCAUUUUCCAGCUGCCAUCAUGUGUCCUGCACUGUCUAUCUCCCUGUCUGGCCUGGAGCUUCCUCAAGUAAGAUCUGCAUUUGUAUUAGUGAUAUUCUGAUGCCAUUUUAUCCUUUUUGAUAGUUAGACUUGAGUCCUCUUAACAGGACACAAGGGACAGGACUCUGAUGUUUGCAAGCUUUAAGCAACAUUUCACUCUCUGCUAGCACCUGAGUGGGUGCAGGGUGGUGAAUCAAACACUCACAGACAUCGGAUUACUAGUACCACAUUGCUGUAACAGAGGCCUGUACUAGAAUGAGCAUUGGUAUAUUAGUAUUGAUAUCCAUCUGACAUUGAUGAUAAUAGUAUCACUACAGUUAUCGGAAUAUGUAUCUAUACCAGUAUCUGUUUAUGCAGCUGUAUCAGGGACAGAUUUUGUAUAUGUCUUUGUAUUGGCAUCAAUAAUGAUUUGUAUUGGUGUCUGUAUCUGUUUCUCUAUCUUUACCACACUGAUACCUCUGUCAGUGUAAGAACUGAUAGAAUACUGUUAUUUCCCUGUUUUUACUUUGGAAAGCACUUUGGUCAAUAAUGGUUCUUUACAUAUGUGCCAUAUAAAUAAAGGUUAACUUUAAUUGAUAUCAGAAUGUAAAUAUAAAUCUUCAUCCUUAUCUGGAUCAAAUCAGUGUUGGUGCUGAUAUUAGAUUAUUCUUCUUUGUCUGUUUCUGUAUCAAAUAAGUAUAGAUAGCAGUAUCAGCGUCAGUGUCAGUGCUGUAUUAAUAUUGGUUACCGUACUUGCAUCUAUAUCUGUAUCAAAUUGGUAACUGUAUCUGUAUUAGAUAUUGGUGCUGAUAUUGUUAUGAGUAUCAGUAACUGUAACUGUAUCUCAUUAAUAACUUCAUCAGUAAUGGUAUUAAUAUUACAAUGUGUAUCAAUAUCCUUAUCUGUAUCAAAUUAUUGUUGAUAUUGGUAUCAGCACCCAUAUCUGUAUCUGUCUCUGCAUCCAUAUCUGUAUCUAUAUCUGUAGCUGUGUAUAUAUUGGGUAUAAUGGGGUACAACUCUAUUUCAUGCUGUGCUAAAACUGACUCUAGACUGUAGAUCAUAAUACAUCACUGUUAGUUGAACUUAAACAUGGACAGAACAGAAAAGCUUUUAGACAUAAGAAGAGUUUCAACCAGGAUGCAGGAAAAACUUAAAAAAUUAAACUGAAAAGUAAUGCCUCCCAUCUCUCUCUCUCUCUCUUUUUUAAUUUAGAGCUGGAUUUGCUCGUCAAGGUGCCAAAGAAAAACAGCUUUUGAAGCAGGGCAAUGCCUUUAACGUGUCGCCAUUUGUCCUGCGAGCCAUGAUGAGUGGACAGUACUGGCCUGAGGGAGAUGAGGUCUACCACGCUGAGCUCACGACUCCCAUCCUGCUGGUUCAUGGCAUGUGUGAUAAGUUUGUGCCCAUGGAUGAGGACCAGCGCAUGGCCGAGGUACAAUACCACCUUAUAUUUAAAUGACAGUUGAUUUAUCAAAUGACAUAUUAAAGAUAAUGUGUCUUAAUGUUUUUUUCUCCCUCUCUAGAUCCUCCUGUUUGCAUUUCUCAAAGUCAUUGAAGAGGGAAGUCACAUGGUCAUGAUGGAGUGUCCUGACACUGUUAACACACUCCUCCAUGAAUUCUUUCUAUGGGAGCCUGAUAUGUCCAAAAAAGACUGUCGCAAGUUGGACACAGACAAGACUAUUGCUCUCAGUGACACUCUCCACACACUGAAAACUAGUAAGUCUCUGGACAAAUAACCGACAAAGAGGCUAGAUUCAUCACAGAACCCAGCAGAUGGCCUUUUUUGGCAUGUGUUCUUAAGGCUGCUCCUAGGCUGAGAGCUGUUACUAACAGGGCCACAUCUUCAGGAUGCGGACGGCCACUGGUGCUCAAAGAUAAAGCAGGACUUAGGCAGACUGCCGACCAGAGAACGAUGGAACCAUUGUUAGGUUCAGAGGACUGGAUGCAAAUAAAAAGUGAGAUUUUCUGCGCUUUUCAUACCAGUCUGUGCUCCAUCACGUCAUGUUCGACACUAUAUCUGAAGGUCAAAAGGACCGUGUCCAUUAGUGAUAUGUGUAUGACAUGUUUUCUGGUGAAGAACUGAUUACUGCAAGGUACAAAACACUUGAAGUUCAUGAAGUGGUGUGUGAAUUGUCUCACCUUCAUCUUAAAUAUUCAGUGAAGUUCUGCAGAGCUUCUGUUUAACCUUUGGAAAAUGGUCUUACAUCUGCUUUAUGGGAAACUGGUGAAAUAUUUUGCUUUGAAGGAUUACUGAUCUAAUUUUGCAGGAUAACGGUUGAGGACAGCUCACAAUGAAAAACAACAGUUGGUAACAGUUUAUCUUAAAAUGGUGACUGGAUAGUAGUGGGGAAUGAUUUAAAGACAUCAAAUUUAUAAUGGUGUACAUGCCCAGUGAAGUAAAUACUUACAUAAUGCAUAUUUAGAUUACAUUGCAUAAGAAGGGCAAUCACAGAAACACCUGCCUAUUAACCACAUUCAUACCAUGUGCUUAAUAGACCAUCUCAGACAUGACUCGCAGUCAUAGCUACUGUUAAUCAACCAAACCAUGUUUUUCAGAUUACAGCAACUUAUUUGAUAUUUAUUGCACUUUGUUAUUAAGUUGGAGUCAAACUGCUUUGUGUCUUCGUCAAGCACAAUCUUACCAAUCAGCCGAUUCAUAGCUGCAUGAAAACUAAAUAAUCCUCAGAGUAAUUUAUUUAAACUGGCUACAGAAGCAGAUAUAUACAAACACGGACGCCAAAAGAUUGCCCUCCUUCCUAUUCCUAUGCCUUUUUUGUAUGGUGUAUAAUAUCCUAAGGAUACAAAGAGCUUAAGUCCUGCAUGAGCUCAGAACAUGAAAAGGGUUUCAUCAGACACAAUAUAUUGUCAUAUUGAAAAAAAUCCCACUGCACUCCUCUUUAAUCAAAGUUCUCCUUCCAGGGUAUGCAUUAUUUUGCCUUUUAUUUUUAAUGACAGCUACUGCCAUGAAAAUUGUGGUUGUAUAAAACCGCAUUCUGUUUUUUUUUAUCUGUAAGAUGAAAAAUACAGAAACAGUUUGCCUUCCCCUACUACUUUCCAGUGUAUCCUAUUUAUCUACUGAAGACAGAAUAAGAAAAAUAUGCUCACUGAAAGACAUUCAUCGAUGGGUGCUGCUUUGUCUCAUAAUGGGACAGUGAGGUGCAAGGAAAAGCACAGUCUUAUGUGCUCACUGGGAGUUCUUAUCUGUUGGCUGUUUUGGAGGCAGAUGGAGAUGGAGACCGGGUGUUCAAGAUUAGAUUCAGAUAUGAGUCAGCCGAAGCAGAAAGUUCCCUCAAAAAAAGGACAUUUGUACCCACAAUGCUGGUCUGUUAUAUAUGCAUUUUCACAGGAUGCAAUGCAACAUGACUGGUCUUAUGCAACUGAAUCAAAACAGAGAGAGCCAGAGUGAAAAUAAGCUGACACCUCAAAAGUACAAUAUAUUCUCUAUGGACUUUUCAAAAACCAACAAGUGCUGCUGAUGCAACGUACUGUGUGUCUCCUUUGGUGUCAGUUUAACUGUAUGGACUACAGGGUGCACAUGUACUUCCUCUAAUGCUAAAAUUUUGCAUAUACAAAUUGUCAGUGCUCAUAUGUGCUAUAUCUUUUUGUGGUUAACAAAAUGUGUAAAUGUUAUUGUUGCAUUUAUUCAAGGGAAUCAUAAUAUAUGCUCUGCCUGAAUGUAGAUGCAUAUAAUAUUAUAUAGCCUAUCAAACUGGUGGAUUCAGUGUAUGGACGUGCCUUCCUGGCAUGAAAUAAAACAAUGUUCACAGACUACA